GCGGGGGCGCCUCGUCCAGUCAGGCGGCUGCGUUCGGGACCCUCCGGCCCGCACGAGGAACGAGGAACGAACAGACUGACGUACUUCGCCCGCCCCCGCCUCAUCUCCCCCCGGGGCUUCCUGGGCUCCCCCGGCUCGCUCCUGGAGCGCCUUCUCUCCCCACUGCUCUUCUCGGCCCUUUCUCUCCCAGGCAUCUCAGGCGGCGGUGCCGGCGGCGGCCGAGACCCCAGCAGCAGCAGCGAGCGGCAGGAGCGGGCGGCCGAGAGGAUGAAGUGCAAGCCGAACCAGACGCGUACCUACGACCCGGAGGGGUUCAAGAAGCGGGCGGCGUGCCUUUGCUUCCGGAGCGAGCUCGAGGACGAGGUGCUGUUAGUGAGUAGCAGUCGGUACCCGGACCGCUGGAUCGUGCCGGGCGGGGGCAUGGAGCCCGAGGAGGAGCCGGGCGGUGCGGCAGUCCGAGAGGUGUACGAAGAGGCGGGAGUCAAGGGGAAGUUAGGCCGGCUCCUGGGCAUUUUCGAACAGAACCAAGACCGCAAGCACAGAACGUACGUGUACGUACUGACUGUCACUGAGAUUCUGGAGGAUUGGGAAGAUUCGGUUAGCAUUGGGAGGAAGCGAGAGUGGUUCAAAAUCGAAGAUGCGAUCAAGGUUCUCCAGUGCCACAAGCCCGUGCAUGCCGAAUAUCUGGAAAAACUAAAGCUGGGCGGUUCCCCGACCAAUGGAAACUCCGUGGCCCGGUCCCUGGCACAGAGCGAUCCUUAAUGAACAACAAAGAUUUUCAAGAUUGCUGUAAAAGAGUCUUUGAUAUGAAUCAUUGAUCAAUGGAAUUUUCAAGUGGAGGUGAGCAAUUCCAUGUUUCCAAGGAGACAGCUCACCUGACUUUCCUUCUACAUCUUGGGACAUUCCUUACUUGUCUAUUCCACUGACUUCUCUUGCCCUGGUUGUUACUGUUGUACGUGAACAGACUCUUACUUUAACACCUGUAGCCUUUUGUUAUGCUUUUUUGAUGUGUCUGCCUUGGCCAUUAGACUGUGAUAUCCUUGAGAGCAAGGACUAUGUUUCUUUACUCUUUGCAUAUUCUGUAUAUGAAACACCACUGGAAAUAUGAUUGACAUCCCUGAAGGUUCUUUGAUUCGAUUUAUAUUUUGGAAUCACCAUGUGGCAAAACAUUCCCAUUUCAAUCUGGUGCUAGUAGAAUAUAUGCUGUCUAGGCACCAUGUAUGUGGCUUUUCUGUAUCAGGUGUUUCAGAAACUUUUGAAGGCAGUUGUAAGAUGUUCAAGAUGAGAAUUAUUACUCAUAUUUCUAUGUCAUUCCACACAGUGGCUAACACCAUUUUGAGAUUACCCCAAUACAUAGGGCAGUAUUUUGUAGAAUCAGUCCUUUGUGAAACAACUUCAGUAUUUUUGUACUGUUGUUACUUUGCUGAAAUUUUAUUCAAAAAUAUCACUUGUUAUAAAACUAACUAUAAAAUAAAUACAAUGAACACAAGAUAAUAUUGUGGAUUUUUAUAAAAAUAAAUUUUAAGAUGAUUUACAAAUGAUAUAUUUAAUGCUUUUGCAAUGCCCAAAGCACUUCUUUCAUGUAAUCUUAACUUCCCUUUGAAGAAGAUUGUUUUUCUCAUUUUAUAAGUUCAGUGUACUGUAUUAUUUGAUGCCAGAGCCAAAAAAAACUGCAGUACAGGCAGUUUCCAAAGUUAAUUACACCACUUACUUUGCCUAGGUUUCUUUUGUGUCUCUUACUGAUUCAGUUUGCCAAUUUUCAACCCCUUUUCCAACACACUCAGCUGACUUCUCAUUCCACCUGGUUUUUGCAUGUGAGAAUGUGAAGGACUGAGAGACAGCUAAAUUGUCACUUAGAAUAGGCGCUGAAGAAAAAAAACUUCCGUGAGUGGGGAAGAGACGACUUGGGUCAGCUGUCUCCAGGAGAACAACUUUAAGAAAAUGACAAAGAUGUUUAGAGAUAAUUUUAUGGAGUCUUGCCAUGGGGUUUGUAAUGUCAGCACUCUGACCCAGCUUCCCACAAAGGCCUCCUAGGGGCUUUAAUACAGUAGUUUUGUUUCCUUUGCAUUUAUAAAAGCAAUUGCAUCAGAAAAACCAUGAGUUCCAUUUUAGGUGUUACCCCCUUCCUCAUGGUACCAGUGAAAUAUAAAUAUAGUAACUGUUGUAUCAAUCCUUACAGAAUUUGAAAUAACAUAUCUCCCACUUUAUUGGGUUUUUUAAGAUGUGAUAUGGUACUGUGGUUAUGUUUUUUGAAAUCCUUAUCUUCUAGAGAAAUAUACUGUUAAUUUUACAGAUGAAGUGAUAUGCUACUGGUAUUUGCUUCAAAAUAAUCUGAGGGUGGGGUAGGUGAGCAUACAGAUGAAAUAAGAUUGGUGAUAAACUGAUAAUUUCUGAAACCAUGUGACAGAUACUUGGGAGUUCAUUAUACUGUUCUCUAUACUUUUGAAUAUAUUUGAA